CUGCACCGCUGAGGAUGAAUACGCGAAUUAUUGAUAAAUGUAUGAAUAAUGUAGUUCUCGUAGUUUAUACGACGUUUCUUCUGAUGUGCGUGACAGUGGUUUGUGAGAUCAUUCAAAAUGAAGAACUGUUGCAUGACUACAAUGUGGAAGAUUCCGAGAAGUCGAAAGGCAGACUGUAAAGGGUUCGUGGAGUUUAGAAAAUUUACCAAGAUAUUCUUAACAAAUCUUCACCGUUACCAGAAACACAUACUGCAAAGAAAAGGGCGAGAGCGAAACAACAUUCUGCAAUUCUUACAGUAACACCAAUGAAAAGAGUAUUGGAAGAAAAAAAACAAAAGAAGCAGGAUAAAAAAGAAAAACAAUUAAAGACUGAAAAAAACAAAAGUAAAAACACAAACGAUAAAAACAAAAGUAAAAACACAAACAAGAAAGCCAAAAAACCCACAAAUAAAACUGAUAAACGAUCAAGGGUAAAACGUCAAGUUUUUGAAGACUCAUCGGAUGAAGAAAAUGUCAGUGAUAAAGACCUUUGUGAUGAUAACUCGGAUAAUGAAGAUGAAACAGAUUUAUGUUUUAUCUAUUAUGAUUCUGGGAAAAGUGGCAGAACUGUGGUAUCGCUGUACAGCUUGUGGUCGGGGAAUGACACAGCUAAAGAUUAUCGCUGUGACUUUUGUUUAAACAAAAUGUGUUGAAAACAAUUUAUUACUAUUUUUGUUAUGAAAAUUAAAAAUUACAGAUAAACCUUAAAAUAAAUUGUGGUUCCUAUUACGAACACUAUUUUUAGUAAUUUCAUAAUAACUUUAACAUAACUAAAUAAAUUGACGCAAUAAUAAUAGCGAAGGAUAAUUAACAUUUUAAACUAGCUCUUAACCUGGACCGAUUUUUUAUAUAACCUAAAAUUUGUUUUUUAUAACAAGUGGUUCCCAUUCCCCCAUUCUCCCCUACUGUU